UUAGACGGGUUUUUUGCGAGCGUUAUUUUUUAAUCCGCAUUUUGCUCCCAAAUGAUCUCGUCAGCUCAUCUUCCAUGACGCUAGCUACACUGCUAACUAGCCGGAUGAGGAAAGAUUGACGUAGUUGGCUUGGAUUUUACUGGAAAUGUAUUCUUGGCCAGCAAGAGUCGAGCUUUUUUAUUAAUUCUUGCGAGUGCUUUACGUGUAUAACGCGCAAAUGCAUUAAAUAUUUUCGCAAAUAAAACUAUGUAUUUUAUUGUAAAGCAUGCAGUCUCGUGCGUAUCGUCAAACAGCUCAACCUUUAAAAGAUCAGCAAACCAGAUGUCAAAAUUAUAAUCUGCACAGAUGCUGUCAUCUGCAUAUUCAGGGCGACAUUUAAAAAGCUCUAGAAGCAAAGCAGUUUCGCGAACAAUAUUAGUUUUGUCAUGAUUUGGUGUCUGCUGUGGGUUCACAGACUUGACGUGGUGCGUGAUCGUGUUUCUCCGCGAGUGCCGUGUGUGUGCGUCGUUUGCGGCUGUUUCCAGAAGUGACUGGUUGUUUCCGCUGUGGUGGGCCCUACAGAAUGGAGGGUUUAUUACGUAAUGGCGUGGAUCAGCAGACAGGUCCUUCCUCAUAGGUGUGUUUGAUUUAAUGCGUCACCGUACUGACCAAACAGCCAAGGACAUCAAAGUACCGCGAGAGCCAGUCGUAAGGUGAGCUUUCCAUUCGUUCUCGCGGUACCUCGAUCUGUCUGCGAAGUGCUGCAUGAAGUCGAACACAGCGAAUACGUCCAAUCACAGAGAUGGGAGGUCUGCUUUAAAGAGAAACGUCUAGUGCAGUAUCGUUUGUGCUUUACACAGUAUUACUUUUGAUCUGCCGCGGUGUUUAUUGGAUUUUGUACAACAACCUUUGCACUAUAACCAGAAUUCACACAAGUACACGCGGUCGGGGUUGUUUGCUCUGUUGAUCUACGAGAAGAGUACGCAGAUUGCGUUAUGGGCAUGAGCCAUUGCACCAUCCCUGAGCGUCGGCAGAAGCCUGAGAGGGACGCAAGGGUGUGCACUGGGUUGUAAGAACAAGCAAGUAGGAGAAAUAACCAGACAUCGGAAAACAACCAGGGACAACGUGAAACAUGUCUUACUAUAACAGAGAACUGGUGGUAUUUUUUAUCAAACACAAACUCUCGCAGAGGAACUACCCCUGCAACCACAUUGGACUCACAGAAGACACAAAUCGGACUGAUGGGGGGCAGGCGGCUGAAGAAAAUAGUGAUGGGGCGUCAGGAACAACGACCAUCGUUAAUGGCUCCCUAAAUGGAACGAGUGCUGGGACCCCGCCGAGGUCCCCCACUUCAUCCCCCCAACGUCAGACGAACGGAUCUGGGAAUCUGAACGCCGUGAAGGAGGCGCUCCGAGAUUCGGCCAACGAGUUUGAGCUGCGUUAUUCCAGAGCAUUCAAUGACCUCUCCUCGCAGCUUCACAUCACGCCCGCCACAGCGUACCAGAGCUUCGAGAGCGUGAUGGAUGAGGUGUUUCGCGACGGAGUGAACUGGGGUCGCAUCGUAGGUCUGUUUGCUUUCGGAGGGGCUCUGUGCGUCGAGUGCGUGGAGAAGGAAAUGAGCCCGUUAGUGGGACGUAUCGCAGAAUGGAUGACAGUCUACCUAGACAACCACAUUCAGCCCUGGAUCCAGAGUCAAGGUGGAUGGGAACGCUUCGCAGAGAUCUUCGGAAAAGAUGCAGCGGCGGAGAGCAGAAAGUCGCAGGAAAACUUCAAGAAGUGGUUACUGGUGGGAAUGACCUUGUUCACAGGUGUCGUGGUGGGAUCGCUGUUAGCACAGAAACGCCUGUGAGGAAAAGGAUAGCUGAAGAUCCAGCAUCACCCACUACUUCAUUUAGACCUUGAGUUGAUAUGAAGAAAUACUUUUCAUUUCGGAUUCGUUUAUUCUCUUUUAUUGCCAAUACGUUUUAUGUUUACAUCCCACAUCUCCCUUGUACUGCUGACUGAGUGAAGCUGAGAUGCGCAUCUGCGACGUCAAGUCACACGACCCAGACUGCAGGAGGCUACGUGGCUUUUUAGCAAGAAAGAGAAAGCCACGUCUUAUCGUUUAACAAAAUGAGAAAAAUUACUAAAAUAGUCAAAGUUUGACCAAACAUUUGUUCGUGUUUUUGUCUCUCUCUCUCUCUUUCUGUAAUUAUUUUAUUUUAAUAAAUAAUUAUUUUCUGCUUUAUUGUCAGUCAAGUAUCCGAAUUAUGCUCUCAUUUUCAGAGAUUGUCAACUAACAAGGAUACAGACAUUUUAUCUGAGUCUAAUUUAAGCUUAUUUGUGAUGGUUUGAAAGUUAGAUCUGAACUGAAUCUCUGCUGAAGUAUUCAGUCAUUAAAACAGCACUGACAUCUCCGUGAAACGUCGUCUGUUUGAUGUGCAAGAGCUAAACAGAGAUCCCUUCUGAUCCCUGCACUAAACAUGCAGUGCUUACUUUGUGAAGCUAAUCUGGAGGAGGAUUCGACUUUGUGAUGCCUACCAGAGAUAAAACAUGUCAGUAACCCUUUUUAAUGAUUCUGCUGUUUUUUUACAUGCAAAUUUUAAAAGAGUUAAAUGUGUGUGUACCUUUGAAAACAUUUGUUUGAGCAUUUUCUCUUCUGAUGGACCAACACCUUCUUACAAUGUUUUGAUUUUGAGUUCUGUAUGUUUUCGUUCAAUGUUGGAUUAUUAAACCUGUUUCAGCUUUGAAUGUGGUAUCACACAUACAACUCAUUUGGGGAUUGUUCUAGCUAGAACCUAGAAGAGACAAGGAUAUGCAAGGAGGGAGACGGUCGCUCCUGUAUUUAUUUUGGCUGCCCUUUCACUGUGUUUGGUGCACAAAUGUAACCCAUUCAGCAGAAAGAAAUUAGAUUAAACCAUAUUGCCACAAGAGCGCUUUGUUUCUUGUAUGGUCUUGAAAAAUGACUAAAGUAGUGCUGGGUUUACUGCUAUAUCUCUCAUCUAUCUAAUAAUAACAUUUGCAACAGGUAUUUAAGCAACGUUUUGAAAUGUUUCAAAGUUGAAAUCCUAACCUUAAUUCUGUUUUUACACAUAGGAGCAUCUAUCCUUGAGUUUCAAGGGACAGUUUAAUCAAAAACGAAGUUCUUUGUAAGUUGUUACAAAUCUGUAUAUAUUUCUUUGUUUUGCUAAACACAUGAGCACCAUUGACUUUCAUAGUAUGAAAACAAAAUGCUAUGGAAGUCAUUCAAUGGGGCUCGGGUUAAAAAAUAUUUAAAAAUAUUUCUCAAUGUACUACUUGUGUUCAGAAUAAAGAAAUAUAUACAGGUUUGUAAUAUUGUGUAAUAUUAUUUUUGGGUGAACUAUAAGUCAAUCCUUAUGUGUUAUAGGCCCAUGUUAUCAACACCCACUUGAAUCAGAUCAGAUGACUUCUUGGUUCUGACUUAAAACUCUACAAAAUGUUUAUUUAUUAACCUUUAUCUUUUUUUGCCUCUUUGAGACUUCAUGGUUUUGUUUUCAGACUAAAAUAAUCACUUUCACAAAUAUAAAAUAAUUAUUAAUUAUAAACUUAAGUGUCGGUUUCACCUCUCCAUCAUUUUGUUAUCUCCUCACAGCUCCUGAUUGUAAUCAUAUUUCUGUGAGGCUGCACCUGCUGCUCCGCUUUCAGCUCGUGUCAACAUGUGCAGAGAUCAGGAGAAACCUUUAGGUUCAAACCAUGAUUAAAUCAAACAGGACGUCAAGUCAAAUAUUCCCCGCCUGUUCCAGUUAAUAAUGAUUGACGAGUGGUUUAAUUCAAACAGAAGUGAAUAAAGGAACAGUGGUGCAGGUGUAUUUUCAUCCUUCAGCCGCUACUAGAGGUCUCAGGGGAAAGCGGAGAUCUUUUGGUGUGUCAAUCAAACGACACCAAUCCUAAACGUGACAUCCUUUGAGACCUAACCUAGAAAAGACAUGUCUGUCAUAGAGCUCUGUGGUUUGUAAGCAUUAGGAAGGUCUGAGAUACUCCGAGAACUGAUGAAUAGAUUCUGAUUCACUUCCAGAACUAACAUGCAAAUCCCAGACAUGGAGCGUUUUGUUUCGAUGUCAAGGUGAAAUCGAAAUCCAAGCUGUUUAGUUAAAUUGUAAAGCAUGGUUGAAUCCAGUGAGGUUUACCGGUUUUAAUUUUGCAGUUUGCAAGUGUUUGAAUAGCAAUGUAAAAAUUAUAGUUGGGUCUCAGCGGAUUCAAAUAGCCGGCAUUUACACUUUUUGCUGCUCUGUAGACACUGAUUUCACAGAAUACAUUCCGUGUUAUUAAACUUUGCUGCUUGCAUGAAUAGUCUGUGUAACGUUGCAGGUGUGUGUGUGAGAGAGAGCGCGAGAGAGAGAGGGGCUGUGUGUGAUGUAUGAGUGACAAUAUGCUUAAGAGUAAAAUGUACCAGCAUUGGUACGAUACCAUGUAAACUAGUUAACUUAAAAGACCAUUAGACUAGCUCGUCAUAGCUUAGCAAAAAUAUUUAAGGCAUUUGAUGAUUUGAAAAUAUUAUUUAUGAUAUUUGAUGUAAACGCAUAUUGUUCCUUCCUAUGGCCUUAAACUCCAGAAUUUCUUUGAAGUGUAUUUGUUGUUCAUUGUGUUUGUAUUUAGCAAUCUUAACCUUAAAUAACAAAAACUAUUUUUUUAAAGGUUUUGGGUUUAUUUAAACGGCUUCACCCAUAUAUUUUAUUGUUUUAUGUCUUGGGACAUUUUUUUAAAUGUCUAUUAUCAUUUAAAUUAAAUAAAGUUCCAUUUGAAAUCAAA